UGGACGGGGUGGUUCUGAGUUUUAUGUGGCAGCAGAAGAAAUUUUGAUUUCUUUUCACUUGUAGAAGUACAGUCUUCGGCCGCUCUACUACGCUUCUUUCAGAGGUCCACCACGCUGCUGACUCGCCAUGGCUUCAAAGAAAAACGCUAAAGUGCACGUCAAAGCCAAAGAUGGUACUAAAACCCAGUCAGCCAAUAAGAAUGGGAAGAAGGCAGACUCUGGGUCCAGUGGCAGCUUCUUCACCUGGUUCAUUGUCCUGGCCCUGCUUGGUGUCUGGACAUCUGUAGCUGUGGUCUACUUCGACCUGGUUGACUAUCAGGGAGUCCUUGACAAGGCUAAGGGCUUACAAAUUAACCUGUCUGAGGCCUUGCAAGGUAAACUCGUGGCAUACGAUACAGAUGGCGAUGGUGAUUUUGAUGUCGAGGAUGCUAAAGUUCUGCUAGGACUGAAAGAGAAGGCUGUUGUGGUCACUGCCCGUAGUGAAGAAGCCGCUGCUCCAGAGGAAGCUGCUGAAGCUGAAGCAACACCAGAAGCUGUGUUUGAGCCUGAGCCUGUGGCUGUAGAAGAUGUUAUUGAAGCUGCUGUAGCAGAGGACAUUUCUGCACCACCACCAGAGCCUGAACCUGAGGUAGCACCUGAGCCUGAGGUGGUUGCAUCCGAGGCUGAGGCUGAGCCCGAGCUAGAGCCAGAGCCAGAGCCAGAGCCAGAGCCCGUAGAGGCUCCUGAGGUGAUUGAGGAGGAUCCAGAGGUGCUGGAGGAGCUUCCUGCUGUGGACGAAGAUGCCCCUGUGGAGGAGGCUGUUCCAGUUGAGGAGGUUGCAGAGGUGAUGGCAGACCAGCCUGAAGAGGUUGCAGCAGCUGAAGAGGAAGCAGUAAUAGAGCAGGCUGUGGAGGAGGAGGCUGCUGAUGAGGCUGUGGAGGAGGAGGCUACUGACGAGGCUGUGGAGGAGUUUGCAGCAGAGGUGGAGGCUGCAGUGGAGGAGAGCGCUGAAGAGGUGGCAUCAUAUGUUGAGACUGUGGAGGAGGAGAAUGCUCCUGCAGAAGAAGCUGUUGAAGAGCCUGUUGAAGAGGAGGCAGCACCUUUGGAAGAAGCUGUUGAGGAGCCUGUUGAAGAGGAGGCAGCACCUUUGGAAGAAGCUGUUGAGGAGGUAGUGGAAGAAGUGGUGGCAGCCCCUGCUGAGGAAGAGGCAGCUCCAGCAGAAGAAGCAGAGGAAGAGGCAGCUCCAGCAGAAGAAGCUGAGGAAGAGGCAGCUCCAGCAGAAGAACCUGAGGAAGAAGAGGCUGCUCCUUCAGAGGAACCUGCUGAUGAGCCCACUGAAGAGGAGGCUGCUGAAUUAGAAGAAGCAGUCGAGGAGGUAGCGGAAGAAGAAGCUGUAGAGGAGGAUGCAGCUCUUUUAGAUGAGGCUGUAGAAGAAGAGGCAGCUCCUGUGGAGGAGCUAGUUGAAGAGGAGGUAGCUCCCUUAGAAGAGGAGGUGGAGGAGGUCGCAGACACAGAGGCAACUCCAGAAGAUGUAGCGGAGGAGCAAACAGUACUAGUCACACAGAGAGAAGAAGUAGCACACCAAGCAGAGGAGGCAGCAGAAGAAGCAGCAGAGUUUGUGGCGGCAGAGGAACAGAUUCAGGAUGAGCCUACAGAAACGUAGAGGCUGCAGCAGUCGUCGUGGUGACGGAGCAGGGACCCACUGACCUUGCAUCAGCACCAUCUGAGCGUGCUCAGAGCGAUGAUACACUUCUCCCCCUCCAGAGAAACGAUUGAGUUGUCAUGACAACACUCUCUUCCCCAUCUGUCUCCCCCUCCCUCUGUUUUCACACCUUCCUUUAAAUGUUCUGUCAGUGUAAAUGUGAGAUAAUGGAUGGAUUGUUUACUAACAUGGUACUCACUACCUUCCAGUUUUUCUUUGAAUCUGUGUUCACCUUUCCUUUAUUCUUUUUUUCUUCUUUUAGUAGAGCAUUCAUGUUCAUAUUCGUUCAGAGUGAUUUAGGCGUGUGUGACUGGCCAAAUGGUCGGGCCAUGUGAACUCUAUAUGCUCUACUUGCAGCCAGUCCACUGGAGUCUUAUCUGCAAGAGCUGUAACAUUAAACCGGUCUGGAACUUUAUUUUGAAGUCUCUCAGUGAUGUAGUUUGGCUUCCUGGAGCUGAAUUUUGUUGCCAAGGAAACUGAGGCCAAAGUUCAUAUGUGAGCCAUCAUUUGGCAUAUUGAAGUCAGUCUUUGAAUUAGCAGAUUCAGGUCUAUACAGUGAUAUAUGGGACUUUGCAGCUUCAGAAGCUUCACAGAUUCAAAACAAAAAUUGUUGCUCUGAAUGCUACACAGUGUCUCUGUUGCUCUGGGCGUUUCCAUCCUGCUUUUAAAAUUGCAGGUAAAAAAAUAGUUACGCUAAAAUGUAAUUUUCUGCCUCUCUAUUGUAAGUUAAGAAUUUAGAAGACCGUCUCCGUGACCGUCUCAGCUGUGUUACCGGUCACAGUGUGGUAGAUUCUAUGCAAAGCUGAUGUGAUGUGUGUGUGUCCCGCCUCUCUCCCCUUCUUCACCCAGCCUGUUUAUUUACCACUCAGUAUGUGUCGACUCCAGGAUGAGCCGUGUGCUAGCAUGUGGAUUCAGAGAAAGCUUGUGAGUGUGUGCAUGUGCGUGUGCGUGUGUGGAUGGAUGAAUUCCUCAUGUAUCCCAUGAUGAGCAUGUUCUUGUGUGUUGACAGAUCUUUUACUAAUCAUUCCUUUCUGUGAGCCGUAGAUGUUGUGUAGUUUGAGUGUUUUUCUUCUUGUUUGUUCUUUACCUUCCUUUACCUCUGCGUGUUUGUGUCUUCUACAUUCCUAGCUGUUCUUUUUUUUUCAUAUGUUCAGAUACCAAGACCAUGGAACUAGACUAUCAAAUCAUUUGUAAUAUGAAGUUGUGACUUUAAGCUUCAAGUUUAAACUGUGAUGUGAAUGAGGACAUCAUGGAUGGCGCAAAGCUGUCAAACUGGUGUAGAUUCUUCUCCUAAACACUCCAGUUAUACAUGAUGAUUCAGACAGGAUAGUUUAACCCUGUGUCAACCAGAUUCCACUUUCUUUAAUGGUAGCUUCAGUGUAAAGGAUCCCUAGCUCACAGAGGGUUAAAUAGAUCAGGCGUCACAUUCCUGUGGAAGUUGGCAACAACUGGCUGACUGACACCAGUUAAAUGAUCUUUGUUUUCAUCAUCUUUGGCAGUGUGUUUUAUUAAAGGGAAACUUGGUGACAUGUUUCUUUAGUCACUGUUCCCUUUUCUUUUGUGGCAUCAGAAUUUGUCUUGGUGUGUCUUUUAGUCAUUGUUUCCAUGGUAGCAGUAGGGCCCCUGGCCCCUGCAGGCCCAGAGAUCAGAGAGCAAAGCAUCAUCUUACACAUGAUUUCAUCACAAAACUAAAACUGUGGAACUAAGAAAGCCAAAUGAGAGCGUUCUGUAUCUUAUUUUGAAGGUGAUGUCCAGAUCUGCAGGUACCAUCCUUGUUCUAACCGUGACACUAAGACAGUUUUGGGAUGAUGAUGGAUGCAGCCCUGUGGAUAACACAUCUCUGUUGUUAUACUGACAAUAAACAAUAAGUAGAUCUGAUGUUUUGGGAUUAAUUCCAACACUACUGUAAGUGGAAGAAGAGAGACUAAGUAAAACAUACCUCUUUUUUAUUCUAUCAUGUGGUGUCACAGUCCCACUCUGUGUCUCUAGUCCUGACUUAUCGUAACUAGCAGGUUGCUUUGAUGGUGUGCAGUAGUUGUUUUUGUAGGAUGUCUUGUCCACUAGCUGGUCUUUUCUACUUCCUGACACUUUGUAAGUCAGUGUGAACUGUAAAACCUUUUUAACAUUGAAGAUUACAAUCUUUACCAAGAGAGAGCUUCUAGAUUUUUAAAAGGAACAUUUUUAAAAAGGACUCGGAGAAAUAAAUAAAUAAAAAAAAAAUCAUUUUCCGAAAAUGCUUUAAAAGCUUUUUGUAAAGCCAUAAGCUGUUUGUGACAGGCAGGUUUAAGGGGCUGUGCUACUUCAGGACAAAUUUUAUUCUCUAACAAUAGAAAAGGAAGAGCAAUAAAAUCAAAUGGCAGAGCAUCACACUGCAGCAACCUGGUGAAAGAGAUGUUUCAUCUUUUUCAUGUACUGCUGGAAAGGGUUGCGACAGCAUGGACAGCUUUGCUUCCAGACAAAGGAGGUGGCAGUUGUUAACUGACAGUGUCUGCUGGAAACAGUAUGACAGCUGCAGCAGACUGAGCUCCACUGUGUUAUGGAGAAAUAAAGUUGUUGGUUAAAAACUGCCCGUCUCUUUGCCUCAUUGUUGUCUGCAGCUCUAAUACUGUCCUGUAGAUGGUGAUUAAAUUAUUGUGAAGUAAUGAUGGAUUGUGGGGAUUUGAAGAGUCACAGUUUUCUGUAAAUGAUCUGUUGCUGCAAUAAAAGGUUUGGGACAACA